CCGUGUGCCACGGCCUUUAAGCAACUCAAUUGCGCGAUGAUAAAUGAGGUUACUUUAGUCAACAAUAUCGACGUUAAUUACAUAUAUAUAAUGUUUUUUCAUGAUGCAUUUUUUAAUAUAUAUUUGUAGCAAUUGCAGUGAACAAUGUAUUUUAUUGAUGAGUCGAUUGCUGUCAAUGAGAGACUAAAGUAAUACUGAAUAUAACCUAAAGGUCAUAUAAAGUAGAAGUUGUAAUGCGUAUUGUGAUUCGCUGACAGUCGCGUGAAUGCGGCGAGAAUAGUAGAGAUGGUGGAGGACAUGGACAGCUUGGACGACAAGUUGUUUAAUAAUGCAUUCAAGAGAAAUCCAUCCUCAGAAGAUGGCAGAAAAAGAAUUACAUUUGCAGAUGAGGACGAUCCAUUAGCUGAUUUAUUAGCAGAUAAAAAUGAUUUUCCAUCAAGCCAAAGGAAUCCAAUAGCAGUAAGAGACAAACGAAAUAUUAUAGAUAACUUGUUUGACACAAAGGUUUCCAAUGAGUCAAUAUCGAGUUCAAAGCCAGGGAGUGAAAAGCUGAAAGUAUUAGAUGAUAAAUCAAAAAAGUUGUCACUUAUGCAAGAUUUGUUUGGGGAUACGCUACACACAUCUCCUUCAAAGGAAUUGAGUGUUAGCAAAAAAUCCACACAGCCAGAACAAGAAGCAUCAGUCACUGAAGUUUCUAGGACACAGUCGCAAUUCUCCACAUAUGCACCAACAGCUUUUGGAACCAGAGAACCUCGCAGAGGCAAAAGAAGCUCGGAGAUAAUUAAUGAUCCUUUGGGGUUGUUAUCUCUGAGCACAGCAUCCAGCCAGACUCAACAAUCUACAAUAGAAAGAAAUGCAGUAUCCGCAGACUCAAUUAGACGGAAAUCCGAGACUAAGGAAUAUUUGCCAGAAUGGUUAGAGAUUAAAAAAUCGUCAGAAGAUAAAAGCGCCGAUCACACUCAAGACAGAGCAACACCUAUUGAGGAAUUGUAUAGCAGACAUAGAAGAUCCAGCUCUGACAAGGUUGUUCAAGAGGCAGCAAACAUACAACAAAAGGAAGAAUCAAGACUAUCCGAAUCAUUGCCACAGGAAAAAGAAAAAUUAAUGAAAUCAUUGGACAAUCAGAAAGAAAUCAAUGAACAGGAAAAAUGGAAGGUUUCAGUUGAAGAAGAUCAGAGAAACCACAGGACCAAUACAGUGGUUGUUUCAAGUUCUAAUGUGAGUAGAAAUUCAGUAGACGAUAAUUUAAUUCACAAAGAAACAGGAUACAAGAAUGUAAUUCAAAAGUUAGAAUUAGAGAAGUCCCACAUGUCGGUAACGAUACACAGUUUAAAUGAGAAAUACGAAAAUGAAAUAAUGAUUCUAGAUGAGUCAUACAAACGACAAAUAGGAUUUUUGCAAGAAAGAACAGAUACAUUAGAGAAGAGAAUGCAACAAGAGCUUGAAUAUUUAGAGACAGAUUACGAAGCAAAGAUCGAAAAACUGAAAAACGAGAGGAUACAAAUUGAAACGUUCUACAAGGAAGAAAUACAGAAUUUGAAGAAGGAACAUGCGCAAUUUAUAGAAGAAAUUUACGAGCGACACUCGCAAAAUAUAAGACUGUUACAGAAGGAGCAUUUUGAUACAAUAGAGAAUCUAUUAAAAAUGAGAGAAGUUGAGAAUUUAGCUAUGACGACUAUAGCGACCCACAAGACUGAUCUGCAGAAUUUGUUACAGAAAGCUGGUUUCAUUAUAGAGGAUAUAAAAAACGUGCAAGAAAAGACUGACCAAAGAGACGGCCAAAGUGUAAAGUUAAGGGAACAUCACUUGAAAAACCAAGAAGAAGAUGUACAGAUACGAUAUGCAGAUGUGAAGAAACAACAGGAGCUACUAGUGCAGGAACGUGACAGAAUGAUGAAGAUAGCAGACAAAUUGGACUCGCACGUUGCGCAGCUGGUGCUUGAAUUAGAGAAGAAAAGUACCAUGCUCAACGAAGCGUUAGAAACGUUAAAAAGAAGAGAACAAUUCCUGUCUCAUGAAAGAGAGAUAUUUGAGGAGAAAGUACAAUGGGAACGUAAUCAUUUACAGGCUUUAAAAGAAUCGUGGUUUAAUGAACAAGAAAAAGAAUUAAGAGCUUUGACAAAAGAAAAAGAGAUGAUUGCGGCUAAGAAGAGGCAAUACGAAGUUCUCAGAACGAUCAAAGCUAAUUCCGACAGUACUACGAAGAUAGAGUUAGCUGCCGCCAUGAAAGCAGCUCAAGAUGCUACCGUGCUCGCUAAUCAGGAACGAUUAAAGUGGCAAGAAAAAAUCAAAGAUCUCGAAAUGCAGCGGCAGAAUUUGCAAGAAAAAGAAUACCGCCUUUUAGCACGCGCGCAAGAUCUCGAAAAUUUUACACAGGUAGCAUACGCGAAAAAUGAGGAAGCCGUGAAGGCGCUAGAAGAAGCUCGUCACAUCGAAAAUGAGCACAAGGCCACAUUCGAUGCGCACUUUGGUGUGUUAGCGCAUCGGCAAAAUACAACUGCACAAAAACUUAAUAUGGCGAGCGAGAGGUUAGCCUUAAGAACUGCACAAGUGGAAAAAUUGGAGAAAAGUACAAACAUGAAUAUUCCGUACAAUUAUGAACAAACAAAUACAGAGAAGCAAGCAUUGUCUAGUCAGCAAAAUGCAUUUCAACUUACUACUCAUUUUACAGAAAUUGUAGACCCUCAAUUGGUAAUGUUGAAGUUAAAUCUAGAUGACCAACUAGAUAAUGUUCAAUAUAUGACUGCCAUGAAAUUUUGAUAACAUCUGAUAAAUUUAUAUUGUAUACUUUUCUCAAAAAAAUAUCUGAUAUUUUGUGCAUUCUAAUAGUUGCAAUAAAUAUUGAUGUACAUAUCAUUUUAUAGUUGA